GGAAGGGUCAUGAUAUACUCGAUAAGCUAGUUGACAACUGCUUGUUGCAAUCGGAUAUAUAUAGAAACGGAGAAGAAUGUGUGAGUAUGCAUGAUCUUCACCGAGAAAUGGCACUGGAAAUCAGUCCUCAAUUCUUGGUGAAAGCCGGCAUAGCCUUGGAGAAGUUACCAAAGGAGCAUGAAUGGAGAGAAAAUCUUUUGAAGGUUUCUUUAAUGAGGAAUCACAUAACAGAAAUUCCUUCAAGCAUGCCGUCUCCAAAGUGUCCUCUGCUCACAACCUUGCUGUUGUCCAAUAAUAAGAUUUCAACAAUUCCAGAAGCCUUUUUUGAGCAUAUGCUUGGGCUCAAGAUCCUUGAUCUUUCCUGGAAUCAUCAGCUAUGUAGGCUGUCGAGUUCUAUCUCCAAAUUGGAGAAGCUUACUACAUUGUUGCUAUGUAAAUGUAUUGCCUUAAAAGAGGUACCAGCAUUAUCCAACCUUGUAGGGUUAAAAAAGUUGGACCUUUUAGAGACAUCAAUUGAAGAACUACCACAAGGCCUCAACAUGUUAACAAAUCUAAAAUAUCUUGGUCUUCGUGGAAGAUUAUCUGAAACACUUGAUAAACCGCUACAAAAUCUCUCCAAACUUCAGCAUUUACUAGUAACUGCCGAUCCCAGUGCCGAAACAGAAUUUAAAUGGGAGACGAUUGGAAUUUGGGGGAAGCUUCAAAACCUUGAGAAGCUGCAUCUUGAUUCUUUGCAUAACUUGAAUAUGGUGUUUGGGGAAGUAGGAGCAAUUACUGAGUCAGCAUCGCUACCAGCUGGCACAUUUUCCUCUCUUCAAUAUAUUAGUGUUUGGCAUUGUAAUAAAAUAAAGAAGUUAUGCUCGGUAAGGUGGUUGGGAUAUCUCUAGAAACUACAAUCUAUUCAGGUUUUUUAUUGUAAGCAACUGGAGGAGAUAAUAGGGUCUGAAUCUAAAGAAGGAGAAAAAGUCACUCUACCCAACUUAGAAAGGUUGAAAUUGACAAGUUUGCCCUUAUUGAAGACCAUCUAUAGCUGUUCUUUGAUUUGUGAUUCCAUCAAGGCGAUUCACAUUAAUAGUUGUGAAAAUAUAGAGUGUUUUUUGGU